GAGUGACCAGAAUAAAAACAGCAACACCAGACAUAGACGAGGAAAUAAAGCAAAGUGAUCCAUUGAACCAGAGUGUUUGCCCUCUCAUAAUUACAUCGAGCUUUUCCCUUUUUUCACCCUCCCCCUGCUUUUUUUUUUUUUUCUCAUCACUCUUUGAGACUUCGGGGCUAGUGGUAAUUAGCCAGAAGAGAAUAAAACCAGCUGAUCGGGAGAGGGGUGGUGCAUUUUGGAGCGAGAUGGCUAACAGAAACAUUCUGUUGCUCUUCUGUGGACUCUUCGUCUUAGCACUGAUUCAACCCUCUCUUCAAGGAGGUGUGUAUCUACCACCUGGUGCUGGGUUAGGACCAGGAGGUGGUGGAACAGGAACUGGAUUCUUUCCAGGGGGUGCUGGAGGGUUCCCUGCGGGCUAUAAACCAGCUAAGGCUGCAGGAGGUUAUGGAGGAGGAGGUGGAGGCCGUGGCGUAUUCGUGCCAGGGGCAGGUGGCCAGGUCAUUGCAGGAUUGCCAGCAGGACAAGGUGGAAAGGCCCCUAAACCAGGAUAUGGAAAUCUAGGAGGUGGCGGCCUGGGGCCUGGAGGCUAUGGAGGAGGUGGCUACGGGGGCUACUAUCCGGGAGCUGGAUCAAAGGCUGCUAAAAGCGGGGUUGGAGGACCAGGAGGAGGUCCUGGAGUCACUGGAACUGGACCCGGUGGAGCACCUGUUAUUCCUCAGACCGGCCUUCCUGGAGGUGGUGGCGCAGGAAAAAAAGCUGCCAAAGUGCCAGGUGUGGGUGUACCUGGCCUUUAUCAAGGUGGACUGGUGCCUGGACAAGGGUUUGGUGGACGUGGAGUUCUGCCUGGAGUGCCCACUGGGUCUCAACUCAGUCCCAAAUCAAUUGCAGGAGGAGGAGGACAGCAAGGUAUCCGUGGGUAUGGGGGACCAAUGCAGCCAGGAGUGUUCCAUGGAUACCCCCUCAAAUCACCCAAAGUUCAAGGUGCCUAUGGAGCAAAAACUGCAGGUGGAAAACUUCCCUAUGGUUAUGGUGGCUUUAAUGUUGCACCUGGACUGCCAGGAGUGCAAGGUGGCCCCGGGUCGAAGCCAGGAUAUCCUGUUGGAACUGGAGUGGGACUUGGGGUCAUAUCACCUGGUCAGGCUAAAGCUGCUCAGGGUGGCACUGGAGGCUUUGGAGCUGGUGGUGGUGGCUUUGGUGGCACUGGUGGACUGUAUCCAGGCCAGGUGCCAGGAGGGUAUGGAGCUGCUAAGGCUGCCAAAUAUGGAGUUCCAGGAGGUGUACCUGGGGGAGUACCAGGAGGUGUACCUGGGGGAGUACCAGGAGGUGUACCUGGGGGAGUUCCAGGAGGUGUACCUGGGGGAGUUCCAGGAGGGGCACCGAUUGGAAGAUUUCCAGCCGUUAGUGGAUAUUCACCAGCAGCAAAAGCUGCUAAAUAUGGAACCGGAGGACAAAUAGGCACAGGAGGACAAAUAGGCACAGGAGGGCAAAUAGGCACAGGAGGACAGCUGGGAACUGGAGGAGGAUAUUAUCCUGCAAGCAAAGCUGCCAAAUACGGAGGGCAACUAGGAACAGGACAACUUGGAACAGGGCAACUAGGAACAGGGCAACUAGGAACAGGACAACUAGGAACAGGACAACUUGGAGCAGGGCAACUAGGAACAGGACAACUAGGAACUGGAGGAGGAUAUUAUCCUGCAAGCAAAGCUGCUAAAUACGGGGGACAACUAGGAACAGGAGGGCAACUUGGAACAGGACAACUAGGAACAGGACAACUAGGAACAGGACAACUAGGAACAGGACAACUUGGAACAGGGGGAGGAUAUUAUCCUGCAAGCAAAGCUGCCAAAUACGGGGGACAACUAGGAACAGGAGGGCAACUUGGAACAGGAGGGCAACUUGGAACAGGAGGGCAACUUGGUACAGGAGGGCAACUUGGAACAGGAGGACAACUUGGAACAGGAGGCGCAUAUUAUCCUGCAAGCAAAGCUGCCAAAUACGGUCAAGGUGGUGGAGGGUUUAUUCCAGGUGUUCGUGGAGGUGGUGGAGGAGGAGGAGGAUUUUUACCAGGAUAUGGAUCUUUGGCAGCCAAACCUCCUAAAUAUGGAGUCCCAGGAGCAGGCCUAGGAGGAGGGAUUGUCCCAGGGGGAGCAGGACAGGUAGUCCCUGGUGGUGGAUUGGGUGGUUUUGGAGGUGGUGUAGGAGUCAAACCACCAAAGUAUGGAGUUCCUGGAGGAGCUGGAACAGGGCUAGGACCUGGAGGAGUACCUAUUGGAGGAGCAGGAGUUGCAGGUGGACCGUACUCUGCUGCCGCAAAAGCUGCUAAAUACGGAGUUGGAACUGGAGGUCUACCUGGAGGAUUUCCAGUUGGAGCAAAAGCACCAAAAUACGUAGUUCCGGGAGUGACUCCAUACACACCUGUCACUUUUCCAAAUGGCUCUGUUGUACCUGGUCAAUUAGUUCCUGGAAAACCAGCAAAGGAUGUCAGUGGAACUCCUCAGCCAGGUGUUUCUGGUGGAAUUGUUCAGCCUAGUCCAGGCACAGGUGUUGUUGGAACGGGAGUUGACGCUCCUGCUGGUGUUCAACCUGGUCCUGGUGUUGGAACAGUUGGAAAAGCACCCAAACCAUUCAUACCAGGUACUGGCUAUCCUUAUGGACCACCUUAUGGAGUACCUUUAGGCACUGGCACUGGACCCGGAACUGGACCUGGAACUGGAACACUGCCUGGAGCAAAGCCUCUGAAACCUCCAGCUGUGGGUGGUGCUGGAGAGAGACCAGGAAUCCCACUGGCUGCAGGAGGUUAUCAAGGUGGAGUUGUGUAUCCUGGAGGUGCAGCUAAAGCGCCCAAACCAGGCUACGGCAAUAUUGGAGGUGGUGGCGGAUACCAGCAAGGUGUAGUUCCUGGUUACAGAGGAGGAUACCCCCAGCAGUACUACCAAGGAUAUGUGCCAGCCCCGCUGACUCCUCAACAAGCCAAAGCAGCAAAGUACGGUCCUCUGCAGGGCUUCCUUGGUGGUGCAGGUGGAGGAGGCGGCGGAGGAAUCUAUAGAGGUGGUGUUGCAGGAUGCCAGGGCAAAUACUGUGGGAGGAGGAAGUAGAGGAUCUCCCGAGAUCCAGUGACCUCAAGAAACCAUGGUGCUACUGCAUGAUCGAGAAUGUACAUUUUAUAUGCAAAGCCCCAUUAGACAACCUGUAAAGAUGUUUGUUCUUACUUACUUGACUUCAGUGUCUGUUUUUACACAAACCCACCGACCCAGAAUUUUGUACAUGUUCUGAUGUGACGUAUGUUAUUGACAGUGCCUUUAAUCAUUAACAUGUUCAAGUUAACCAGCUUUAAUUCCGUACCGCACCGGCCCACCAUGUGUCGCUGCGUCCGUGCACGCACGCCUGCACGUGUGUGUAUCGUUUGUUUGAAACUGUCUGUACCAUCGGCUGUCAAUGUGACCCACAAGUGAUUUCCCUUUCUGCUUUAAUCCUAAACUAAAUCAAGGUGAUCCGUCUCACUGGGCAGCACAGGGUUCGUCUGCUCCUCUCCAACCUGUCACAGGGGUGGGGUUGGUCAUAGCUAGGCCGAAAUCUGAUGAUAUCCAGCCAAUGUCAGUGUGGUUCCUGGCUCCCCAUUUUCUCUGCUGCCAUUUUUAGGCCUGCUGGGUAUAAAGCGGUGGUAACUGGGGCUCCGGCCAACCCAUCUGCUCUCGGCAACUUUGCUGAUUCUUGUUGCUGUGCAGUUCAGUUUUCUCAGCUUUUUUUUUUUGUUAAAUGUUGCCAAACACUUUCUGCUGAAGACAGUCAAAAAGCAGUGUGUUCAAAUAUCAAUCAGACACUGCUCUGGUAUGUACGCGACGUGUAUGUGCGUGUGUGUUUCAUUAUGUGUCGUGUUUAAGUCUGCUUCAAAUGUUUAGUCUCAUUUACAUUUAUGUAACUGGUCAUUAUUCAAGAUUUGUUGCACCAUGAUUUGACUCAUAGCUUUUUUGUUAUCAGGAAUGUGUGAGCAUUAAAAAAAACAAUCCUUUGCUUUUGCAUUUAUUCACUGUUAUUAACUGUAAUACAGAUUAAUACUUUGUUUUAAUGGGAGUGCCGCUGUGUUUAUGUGAGGCACAAAAUCCCUGUUCUUUAUUUACUUGAGCUGCUUUAAAAAAACCAAAACCAAAGGCUUUACUGACCAAAGGUUCAUGAGCGCUGUUGCCAAGUGACCCCCAUCUCUUCCCGUAACUGUGUACUGUAUUUUGUACUAAUUUGAUGGCUUCAGUUCCUUCACUCGGUGCUGUGUAAGAACUGUCUUUGAGCCUCGCUGGGUCAGACCUUGUCUUAUGUGGCGUGGGAUACUCUUCAUCUUUAUUUAAAACUGUUUUUAUAAGGAGGAACAGUGUGGUUUUGCACUUUUUAUGUUUCCACGGCACACAUGUGACUUGUUCCCGGACAUCCGGCAUUUUAUUUGCUUUAACAAAUAACAAAAUAAAAUGUGUUUAAAGAA